CUCGCCCAACAGGCAGGCGUGGGAACCAACAGUGCGGAGAGGUAGCCGGGGAGCGGAGCCAAGCCUUAAAGGGGCCGCGUCCCUUCCUCACACUGCCGGAUGACCCGGAUGAUGGCGGCAAGGGCGGCCCUGGCCCUUGUCCUGGCGGAAUGGCUAUCGCCACUGGUGGCCGGGACAGCGGCCGAGCCUGGCUCCCGGGCUCCCCCACCUCAGGACGGCGAGUUCACAUUUUUGCUGCCUGCUGGCCGUAGGCAGUGUUUCUACCAGCCCGCACCGGCCAACGCCAGCCUGGAGGCCGAGUACCAGGUCAUCGGAGGUGCUGGGCUAGAUGUGGAUUUCUCCCUGGAGAGCCCUCGGGGUGUGCUGCUGGUUAGUGAGUACCGCAAGUCCGAUGGGGUGCACACGGUGGAGCCCACAGAGUUCGGAGACUACAAGCUGUGUUUUGACAAUUCCUUCAGCACUAUUUCAGAGAAGCUAGUGUUCUUUGAGCUCAUAUUUGACAGUCUACAAGAUGAGGAGGAUAGUGAUGGUGAUGGCUGGGCUGAUGUGGUGGAGCCUGAAGAAAUGCUUGACAUCAAGAUUGAGGACAUUAAGGAGUCCAUUGAGAUGAUGAAGACGAGGCUGGAGCGAAGUAUCCAGGUGCUGACUCUGUUGAGGGCUUUUGAAGCUCGAGACCGUAAUCUGCAGGAGGGCAACCUUGAGAGGGUUAACUUCUGGUCUGCUGUUAACGUGGGGCUGCUGCUGUUAGUGGCUGUGCUACAAGUGUGCACGCUCAAAGGCCUCUUCCAGGACAAGCGGGCUGUGCGCACAUAGCCUUCCCUGGAGAGGGGUAGCUUUGGGAGGGAAUGGGGGGGGGUGUGGAGGGAGUCUCUCUCCUGCCCAGGGUCUAUUCAUAGCCCUGGGUUUAGGAACAACUGAACUUCCUUAGGGGAAGCAGUUUAAAACUGACCAAGAAAGGGUCAGGAGAAACCUGGGGUGCUGGCCCCUCCCCUUUGUCAAGGACAUAAGAGGGUGGGUAGAGGAUUUUUUUUUCUCUGCAUAGAAAGAUGAGGCAGGUACUUAAUUCAGAGGCUUCUAGGAGGUCUUUUGUCCUCUGGAGCUCAGGGGUAUCCUCAGGAUACCCCAAACCUAAGUUGAAACAGAAACAAAGGCCUGAGCAGUGAAUGAACAGCUGGGAUGGUGUGGGGGAUGCAUUAUGGGACUUCCUGUCCUGGAAGGGUUGUGCCUUAUUAGAGGUGCAGAUAAGGAGCUGCAAGCUCCAUAACUGAAGAAAGCAAGGAGGGAGAGAUGGGGUGAAAUCUUUUGUUCCAAAGCUGCCCAGAGAGUAAAGAUUAUCUCCCCCCAACCCCCAGGUGCCUUAAGUAUUAUCCAUCCUGGGGCAAACUCCCCCCACCCCCAUCUCACCCCGUUCCCUCUCCCGCCAGUCUAGGUGUCCCCUGGGUCAGGCUGUGGCGUCAUUCUUUAGACUCCAGGCUGAGUCCACUCCCAGAAUGGCCACAUGAUCUUUCUCUUCUCCCUCCACUCUGUUAUUUCAGUCCCCCAAAUGCCAGCUGCUCAGAGACAAAAUUAGCCCUGUGUGGGGCUGGUGCCUAGUCCCCAGCAGAAACAGACUAAGAGAUGGAAUACAAACAGGAGGGGGCAACCCCCUUGUGCCUCACCAAGAACUUUUAAUGAAACUCAGACACUGUCAUGUGCUUGCCCAGGACUGUCAGUUUAUUGGAGACAGACUAAGUUGUUCUCCUCCAGCCUGGCACUGCAUGCAGGGGCAGGGGGAGGCUUUGGCUCAUGGCCUAAUAAAGUUCUAAACAGCACCAGUGUGGCUGCAUCCCCAACUGGAGGACUCGACCCACUCAGUCUGUGUUUGAAAGAGACUUUCAAACCAAAUGAAAGCCCUUGGGAACCAGUUGGCCAAGGGAACAAGGGCAGUACCCUUACUGGGCAGAAAGCUGUUAGCCAGGGGUAGAAAGGGGUGACUCCUGAGCCACAUGGAACAAAGUACCAGCUCUGGUUCAAUAAAUUACUCUUGGAAUCA